UUCCUACUAGUGCCGCUGUCAGUGACACAAGAAGGCAGUAACCUUAAGUUGAGACUCAGAACUUGGGAAGAACAAUUUCAGAAGGGAUCGCGAUUUAUUCGUGGUCUGUAUCUACACGGAAUCCUGUUUCCAUUCUACUUUCAAUUAGAAUUCGUCAAAGGUUUGUGCAACUUCCAGCAGCAACCAUGGCUGACUCUGUUCCCCCUGACGGUGGCUUUGUGGUUGUCACUCAUGUGUACCCACAACAAGGUGCCCAAAGUGUCUCUUCACCCCAGAGCGGAGUUGUUCCACCAGCCUCCUCUCCACCAGCCUCCUCUAUGCUUGGGAAAUUCCUUAAAGGAGAACCAGCAGCUCUGGGGACAGUUCAAAUUAUGAUUGGUGUGGUUGUGUUCCUCUUCGGUAUCGUGACUGCAUUUUAUGCAUCAACAAUAUCCACUUUCUCUGGCAUCAUGUUCUGGGGAGCCAUCAUUUACAUCACUGCUGGUUCUCUCACUGUUAGAGCCAAUAAGAAGCUCAAUCAGUGUUUGGUCAAAGCAUCACUGGGGAUGAAUAUCUUCAGCACAAUAACUGCAGGGAUUGCCAUAAUUUUGUUUAGCUUGGAUUUAACCGUCAGAAUAUACCCUUAUAACACCUGUUAUGGUGAUCGCUACGACUAUAACUGCCGUAUGAACAAUGCAUUAUUAUGGAGCAGGACACAGGGAAUUGCUGGAGUGAUGCUGGUGUUGUCAUUACUGGAGUUCAUUGUCUCCAUAUGUGUAUCUGCGUUUGCAUGCAAAGCCACCUGCUCUUCUAACACUGAGCAGGUGGUAUACGUUUCAAGCCAGAUGCCCCCCUCUUUUCCCACCUCCCACCUGUCUGCACCUCCACAGAGUACACAGAUGCCUAUCUUCCAAACCAGUGUGGUUCCUCCUCUUCAUAACUGCAGUGCUGAUUUUUGCAGAAGUGGCAAAUCUGAAGAUCUGCCCCCAGAAUACACCACUACCCAAGAAUGAGUCAUGUGACUACAUCUAGAUUUACAGGGGAGGCUUUAUGUCUCAAGCAAAUGGUAACCUUGUGACUCUCUUUUGAAUAAUGUAUGUCUUCAAGAGUAAAUGUGUGCAUGUAUGCAAGUAAAGCAAUUUCCAUACACUCACUAUCAAGUGUAUGUACGUAUUUAAUUGAAACUCUAGCUAACUAGCAUGCUCCAAGUGACUUGCUUUGCAUUCCAGGGUCUCAAUCAAUCAUUGCAACUAUUGGAGGGCAUCCUAUUAGCAAUGAGAACACAUCCUAUAAAGUCACCUUUACAUAUAGGAAAUAUAUGAGCAAACACAUAGAGGAAAGCAUAAUAUGAAUGAAAGUUGUUGAUUCUUUCUGUAAUCUCUAUGCAUUGAAUAUGUGAUUAAUCGACUUUGAAUACAUUAUAUAGGCCCACAUUAUUUAUUAUUUAGACUUUGCUAAGAUGAAUAUGAAAAUGACUGAUAAUGUUGCUCUAUUGUCUGCAGCAUCAAAUCAUUGCCAUUGUAUUACACAUGUGUACUUACUUCAAUUAAAAUUAUUACAUUCAAUUAAAUAUGUGUUUCAAAUA